CCUGCAACCAUUGCCCCACACCUUGAUCAAUCUGGGGAAGCAGCAAAUGCGGGGGAUGCUUCAUGUGAACCACAGUCUUGGCGGCUAUGGCCUGCGGGUUAGGGUUGUGCGUUUCUCCCUCAUUCAACCAUCAUCACCACCAAUCGCCAACUUCCUUCAUCUUACAUGUACUCUGUCAUCUCAAAGUGUCCUUAUUUCUGGGCCUAUUUUACAUGUGUACUGCGGCUUGAUAUUUCGAUCUGUUUCAUACAAACUGCUCGCCGAUAUUGCCUCCCAUCCAUCGCAUGUGUUGUCGAAAACCGUACAUUUUGCAACACCAGACCUCUCUUAUUUCACGCUCCCCCGGAUCUAGAUCCAGCUGCUUGUCCGCUCACCGUCUCUCGGCCAGAUGAUCUCGAUCAGGCACCGUCUGCCACCGUUGUACCGCAGAUUCUCGCCGCUGCACCAGGGUGCCCUGGAAACACGGAGGGAGAUGCUCCUGGUGCGCCUAAAGCAGCGUCGUAUCGACGGCAACUCGGGAGUGGUAGACGACAACGUCCAUUUCCAGGUUCGAUCAUGACUGGCGAGCGGGACUAGCUGGGGUUGGUUGGUAUUUUUGGCCUCUCCACCACAAACCAUGGUCCUGGACCACAGCUUCAAUUUGCACCAAGUGGUACGUCCUGUCGGAAUGUCGACGGGAAGACGGCCAGAGCCCUCGGAUGGUCCUCGAUGGACCGCCAAGUGGCCCCAUAUCCUUCGGAUGGAGGGCAAGAAAGUGUUGAUAUAUUAACUGCCAUGCAUCCCGCCUCUGUUGACGUGCUUGGGGCUCUGCUCGGUGCGCGCCUGCAACACUUCUUCAACCGACGUCCUCUCUGCGGCCAUGAAGGUCUCGUCGCUCGUCCACCUGCUUGUGGCUGCUGUGGCUGCUCCUGCUGCCGCCGAGUUCUCGUGGAAGAAUGUCAACAUUGGUGGCGGUGGUGGCUUCGUCCCCGGCAUCGUCUUUCACCCGACUACUCCUGGGGUGGCUUAUGCCAGGACCGACAUUGGUGGUCUUUACAGGCUGAACCCUGACGACUCCUGGACUCCCAUCACCGAUAGCCUUGGCACUGAUGAAAGAUGGGGCCAUUGGGGCAUCGAUGCUGUCGCCCUGGACCCUCAGGAGCCAAACAGAGUCUACGCGGCGGUGGGCAUGUACACCACAAACUGGGAUCCCAACCCGGGCGCCAUCAUCCGCAGUGACGACAAGGGAGCCACGUGGGUGUCUACCGACCUGCCUUUCAAGGUGGGCGGCAACAUGCCUGGCCGUGGUAUGGGCGAGAGGUUGGCUGUCGAUCCCGCCAACUCCAACAUCAUCUACUUUGGUGCUCGCAGUGGAAAUGGUCUGUGGAAGAGUACCGACGGUGGUGCCACCUUCUCCAAGGUGACCUCUUUCACCAACGCGGGAUCCUACAUCGUGGACCCCAGCGACCUCUAUGGUUACAACGGAGACAAGAUCGGUCUCACCUUUGUCACCUUCGAUUCGACCUCGAGCGUCAGAAAUGGCGCCACCUCGCGCAUCUUCGUCGGUACUGCUGACAACAUCACUGCUUCCGUCUAUGUUUCCGACGAUGCUGGUGCCACCUGGGCCCCGGUCGCCGGCCAGCCUACGAAAUACUUCCCUCACAAGUGCAAGCUUCAGCCAACCGAGAAGGCUUUGUACUUCACUUACAGCGACGGAGCUGGUCCGUAUGAUGGUACUUCUGGCGGUGUGUACCGCUACGACCUCACCACUAGCACCUGGAAGGACAUCACCCCCGUCUCUGGCGGUGAUCUCUUCUACGGCUUUGGCGGCUUGGGUCUUGACAUGAAGAAGCCCGGCACGCUUGUCGUGGCUAGCUUGAACUCCUGGUGGCCGGACGCCCAACUUUUCCGUUCUACCGACUCUGGUGAGACCUGGUCUCCUCUCUGGGAGUGGGCUGGGUAUCCCGAUAUGAACCUGUACUAUAGCAUUCAUACUGAUAAAGCACCCUGGAUCAACACUGGCUUUCUCUCUCAGGACAGCAAGCGCCUGGGAUGGAUGAUUGAGGCCCUCGAGAUCAACCCCCAUGACAGCGACCACUGGCUGUACGGCACUGGUUUGACCCUUUUCGGUGGCCACGAUUUGACCAAGUGGGAUACCACCCGCAACAUCACCAUCCACUCUCUUGCUGCCGGUAUCGAGGAGAUGGCUGUCCUUGGCCUUGCAUCUGCCCCUGGCGGUUCCGAGCUUCUCGCCGCUGUUGGUGACAACAACGGUUUUACCUUUAAGGAGGCCGCCGAUCUCUUGACUUCUCCUCAGACCCCCUGGAUGAACCCCAUGUGGACCAGUGCCACUGACGUUGACUACGCCGGCAAUAAGCCCAACCAAGUCGUCCGCGUGGGCAACUCCCCUGGCUCUCCCCAGAUCGCCAUCUCCACCGACGGCGGCCUCACCUGGUCCCCCCACUACGGCGCCAGCAACACCGACCACAGCGGCACCCUCGCCUACUCGGCCGAUGCCUCCACCGUCCUCUGGUCCUCUGGCAACGCCGGCGUCCUCCGCUUCCACACCUCCACCGCAACCACCUACAACCCCGGCUCUGUCGUCCCCUCGGCUGACUCGGCCGAGGGCGUCUUCACGCCCGUCGACUCCCUCCCCUCGGGCGCCGUCAUCGCAGCCGACAAGCGGAACAACUCCAUCUUCUACGCCGGCUUCGAAGGGACCCUCUACCGCAGCUUGGACGGCGGCGCCACGUUCUUGACAGUAGCCGUCGACCCCAGAAGCAGUACCACAUCAAUGACUGUCGUGGCCAUCAAAGAUAUGGUCGCCCACCCCGUCGUCGCUGGUGAAGUCUGGGUUUCCACCAACAUCGGUCUCCUCCGCAGCACUGACUACGGCCUCAACUACGCCCAGGUUGGAGAGGGCAGCAUCACCAACACGGAGCAGUUCGCCUUCGGUCUCGGUGAGGGAGGGUCGAAGUGGAAUAUUUAUGCUUUCGGCUACGGCUUGAAUGGACCGAGGUUGUAUGCCAGCUCAGAUAAUGGAGAGUCGUGGGUCGAUAUCCAGGGGCUGCAAGGAUUUGGGGCUAUCAGUGCGAAUAGGGUUGUGGGAAGUGCCAGUGUGGAGGGGCAGGUUUAUGUGGGCACCAAUGGGAGGGGUGUGAUGUUUGCAAAGGGGGUUGUGGAGGGUGGUGACCCGGGUAACGGAGGUGGGGAGGAUAGCGACGAUGAUGAGGAGGAGUGGUGUGAUGCUACUACGACGACGAGUGCUGUGCCGACGACUUCGUCCGUGGUGAUCCCUACGACUACAAGCACGACGUUGGUUACUAGUGUCAGGCCUACGACUGUCUCUACCUCUUCGAGGGUUACCACUGCCAGCACGUCUUCCACCUUGACCAGAAUCAACACCACCAGCACUUCCACCAGAUUCACCACCACCAGCUCGGCGCCCAUCACUCAACCGACUGAGCGUGCGAAGAGGUGGGGACAGUGCGGCGGGAUCAACUGGACUGGACCGAAGGAGUGCGAGGCCCCAUGGACGUGCCAGAAGCUUAAUGAUUGGUACUUUCAGUGCUUGUAAAUACUGAGUCGUUGUCAUCAUGAGGGAGGUUUUCCGCAUUUAGCAGUAAAAAGAGUGAGUAGCAAUGAAAUAUAACAUCUCAGUUGCAGUGUUUUGGGAGUCUGAUCUGAUGAAUGACGUGAGCGGGGAUGAAAGAUUAAGUCGAAGAUGGAAGAUGGGAUGGCAGCUGCACGCCAAGGCCCGGCCCGAUCUGCAACAGGGGUUCCCCAGAUUGAUGCCAAGAAUGACGUUCGUGGGGGGAGAAGAGUAGAUUGAAGGGAUAUCAAGUGCAGUAAACUAGACAUGUAGGAGACAGUAGCGCGCAGAUGGAUGUCAGCUAAGUGGAUAUAUAUAUACAUGAUCGAAGGGAGUAGAAGGCUCG